CAGGACAGAUCAGCUGGUCAUUGAGCGUGUCGUUGUCAUUCGUCCUUCUCAGAUGACGCUUUUUGGUGACGUUCACAGCGCUCAUAGCGAGCAACAGCGGAAUGAACUAUUUCCACACUAGGAACUAUAGCUAGUCAGCAGGUUGACAGUUUUUUUCACAUUAUAUAGGUUUUUACGAAAUAACCCUGCCGGUGGUGGGUGAUAUUCCGCCCUUCGAUCUGGCAAUCAGAGGAAACUGGAAUUGUUGAGACUCGCGUCUGACAAUUAGACGUAUAGGUGAUGGAAAGUAGGUUGAAAGCUAACCGAUGGACGGCACACUUAUUGUCCUAUUAUUUUUAGUGUGCCUUCUACCUCUCGUUUUUAAUCAGUUUUUAUGGUAGAUAUAUUAUUCAAAUACGGUCCUGCCUAGUCAAACAGAACAUAAUCGGAACAUCAACUCGGAACGAUAGAAUAGAACUCGUCUAUUCGAAUGAGAAUCCAUCGAAAUGCUCGCUCUAUGCUGUGGCCUUGACACACAGUGCUGCCACAAGCCGUCAGCUUUGACAUUUCGAUUUUGAUAAACAAAAAUUUACUACAUAAGGUUGCCAUUUCUAUUUUGCGAAAUGGCUGCCGUUUCAGACUUUUUUUCUUUAGGUAGUGUUGUUUGGUGUAGAACUUGUUAUAAUCAAGAGGUUGAAGGAGAAGUUUUAGCAUUUGACCCACAAACGAAGAUAUUAAUCCUAAAAUGCACUUCAUCAAGUGGAGAUGCAAAGCUAAAUGACGUUCAUUUUGUUAAUUUAUCAUUGGUUAGCGAAUUACAAGUCAAGAAAGAAGUCACAAAUGUACCAGAAACACCACAAUCACUGAACCUCCAAAGGCUAAACACACGAGUGAGAAACCAAGUUGAUGAGAAAAAGCGUAUGUUACAAGCAAUAUCUGCAAAUGUCAGUUCAGAAGGACAGAGUUUGUUUAUUGCCAUAGCUAAAACAAUAAGUGAAGUUAGGUGGUGCAACUCAGAAAUUGUUGUGUGGAAUCAGGAGGUUAUUAUAAGUCCGCCUUAUCAGUUGGAAAAUAUACGAGGAAAUUCAAGCAGUAAAGAAUAUACUUAUAUAAAGAAAGUGGUAGAGAAACACAUGAAGGAUUUAGCUUUAAACAAUCAGAAUAAUCAGUCAGUUUGUCAGAACAAUAGUACUUCGCAUUCUUCACAAUAAGGAUUAAAGAAAAUUAGAUAAUUUAUUAUCUACAGUCUACAGCAUACCAUACCUCUUAUCAUAAUUGAUUUUUCACUGGACAUUUUUGUAUUGAUUGCAAAUAUUUCAAAAACUGAAAAGUAUCAACAAUUUUGUUAUAUUUAUUUUUUUUUUACAAAGAAGCUUUUGUCUUUGAUAGUGAGUACAACAUAAAAACCUAUUUAAUUUUCAAUAAAAGAUAAAUCUCAUCCGUUUUUCUUUUCUGUAAAUGUUAGUAACAAUUUUCAGGUUAUUAAUUUUGUUUGCUUUUUGUAUAAAAUUUAAUAAAGUUAUUUUUGUCUUUGUUCA